AUGACAGGCAACACAGAACCUGAACAACCCGCUGCUGACCAAAUCCUCCGCUUCGACCCCAGCAAAUGGCAGACCCUCAUAGACGAAGGAGCAUUCGCUGGUUAUAGCGAUGAUCUGCUAAGUCUAGUACACGCUUGCCUGCUCUGUACUCCAUCCGACCGGAUCGAUCCCCAAUCCCUGCUUUUCUUAGUUGAGAUUUCGAUGGUCAAGCAUAUAGACGAUAUGCAACGCUGGGGCACAAUCUUGGAUCACGACUAA